AUGGAGCCUGAAGUACCGAACGCGGAAGCGCUCACCUCGGAUCUUUCCAAGCCCUCGGUGGUACGACUGUCAAACCGGGGUGUCGCGAACAUGGUCCCCGACGCCAUCAAAGCCAUCAUGAAAGCCGGUUCGUCGAACCCUUACCACCCACAGCACAACCCGGACGGGAUCGUCUCCCUCGGCGUCGCCGAAAACCGCCUCCUGCAUGCAGAAAUCGCGCAGCAUGUCAAUUCCCACAUGCAUGUCUCGCAGCGAAUGCUUACGUACGGAGAUGGCUCGGUCGGAUCGGAUGUCUUGAGGCAGGCCAUUGCGGACUUUAUCAACGACCGUUUUCAGCCUGUGGAGCAGCUUGGGUACGGUUCUGUUACGGUACUGAAUGGCGUAUCCGCGGUUCUUGACAGCCUGGCUUGGUGUAUCUGUGAUGAGGGAGAUAGUAUCUUGAUUGGAAGACCGUUUUACGUGGGGUUCGUGAGCGACUUUAUGAAUCGAGCGAAAGUCGAUCUCGUCGCUGUGACGUUCGGCGAGGUGGAUCCGAUGAGCCUUGCAGCUGUUGCGCAUUACGAGAGGGCCAUGAAAGAAGCUAUAACGCGAGGAAAGAAGCUCAAAGCGCUCGUCCUGUGCAGUCCGCAUAAUCCUCUCGGUCGGUGCUAUACACCAGAAGUACUCGAGGCGUAUCUGAGGUUAUGCUCGAAGUACGGGAUUCAUAUGAUAAGUGACGAGGUCUACGCUAUGUCCGUCUUUCCGAAUGGAGACAUUCCCAACCCUGUCCCGUUCCGAUCGGUGCUCUCUCUUGAGUACAGGAAAUUGAUUGAUCCGUCAUUGCUGCACGUGCUGUAUGGCAUGAGCAAAGACUUCUGCGCGAAUGGCUUAAGGAUUGGCGCUUUCAUUUCAACAACAAAUCCAGAACUGCACGCAGCCAUGCGCGCCAUUUCGAAGUUCGCCUGGUCGUCCUCUCUAGCAGACUUGGCUUGGUCGAGCAUCCUGUCCGACGGAACGUUCUUGCGGGAGUAUCUCAUCAAAAUCACUGCUCGGCUCACGGAAGCGUACAAUCUAUGCACAUCGAUAUUGCGCGGAAUGAACGUGCCAUAUCUACCUGCGAACAGUGGACCUUUCCUCUGGAUCAACCUCUCUGGUUUCCUAGAACAUAAGACUAUAGAAUCCGAGCGCGACCUUGCAUGGCAGAUGAUCAAGGCGGGUGUAUGGCUGGCCACUGGGGAGGCGUACCGGUCUGAGGAGCCCGGAUGGUUCAGAUUGACUUUUGCGGUGUCGGAAACGGAGAUACGAAUGGGUUUGGAGAGACUUGCGCUUGCUCUGGAACAGGCAAACGCUGCAACGGCCUGA